CCGGAGGCGCGCCCGCGUUCCCUGCCGGAGGUGCUCUGGCUGGAGCUCCUGAACUGCGCUGGGUAGACCGCGAGGGAACUGCGCGCUGCUGCGGCUGCUUGUUGCGGAUUAAGUCUGCCAUCUGAGAAUUUUAAAGUCACAUGGGACUUUAAAAAAAAAAACAAUGAAGAGAUCCUACUGUGGACCUCCCCUCGGCACAGCACACUCCCCAAGGGCAGCAGCCUGACAGGCCACACGGCCCCCUCGUCUCCCAGCCUGCCUCCCCAAGGCAUGGCCCAGGCUCUCGCCUCAUUAUGGCAGCACGACACAGCAUGCUCAACUUCACGCUCGACGCCAAAACCGAUGGCGAGACCAUUCUGAAAGGCCUCCGGUCCAUCUUCCAGGAGCAGGGCAUGGUGGAGUCGGUGCACAGCUGGCAGGACCAUGGCUUCUUAGCAACCUACACCAGCAGGAACGGCAGCUUCGCCAGUUUGAGAAUCUACCCCCACGGAUUGGUGCUGUUGGACUUUCAGGGUUACGACAGUGAUGCGCAGGCCCAGGGAGAAAUCGCCAGCCUUUUGAACAGCGUAGAAAGAAGAAUGGAAGAACUGAGUCAGGACGGCGCUGGGCGGGUGAAGAGGUUACCACCUGUCCUCCGAGGGGGGGCCGUGGACAGGUACUGGCCCACCGCCGAUGGACGCCUGGUGGAGUACGACAUCGACAAAGUGGUGUAUGAUGAGGACUCUCCGUACCAGAACAUUAAGAUCUUACACUCGAAGCAGUUUGGGAACAUUCUUAUUUUGAGUGGGGAUGUCAAUUUGGCCGAGAGUGACUUGGCCUAUACCCAGGCCAUCAUGGGCAGCGGCAAAGAAGAUUACGCCGGCAAGGAGGUCCUGAUUCUGGGAGGCGGGGAUGGCGGCGUGUUGCAUGAGAUAGUCAAGCUGAAGCCGAAAAUGGUCACCAUGGUAGAGAUCGACCACAUGGUGAUCCAAGCCUGCAAGAGACACAUGCGGCAAACGUGCGGUGACGUCUUAGAUCACCUGCAGGGAGACGGCUAUCAGGUUCUCGUUGAAGACUGCAUCCCCGUGCUGAAGAGAUACGCCCGGGAAGGGAAGGAGUUUGAUUACGUGAUCAACGAUUUGACGGCUGUUCCCAUCUCCACGUGUCCGCAAGAAGAUUCCACGUGGGAGUUUCUCAGGCUGAUCCUUGACCUCUCAAUGAAAGUACUGAAACCGGAUGGGAAGUAUUUCACGCAGGGGAACUGUGUCAACAUGACCGAUGCCCUGUCGCUCUAUGAAGAGCAGCUCGGGCACCUGUACUGUCCUGUAGACUUCUCCAAGGAGGUCGUCUGUGUCCCUUCGUACUUUGAAUUAUGGGUAUUUUAUACCGUAUGGAAGAAAGCUAACCCUUGAAGGUGAAAUUCCCCUGGCCAUGUGUGCUGUGGGCAGUCCUUCCUGACUGUCUGCGUACGCUGUACGCCCCAUCCAGAUGAGUCAGGCUAGAUUGUAAAUUCCUUACUGUUUUCUUUUUAUAAUUAUUAUUUUUCAUUUUAAAAAGCAAAUGGGAGGGACCAGUUG